GAGAGAGAGAGAGAGACAUACAUAGAGAGACACUAAUAUACGUGUUUGGAGAGAGAAAUAUACAGAGAGCCAAGGCAUGGGUUGUUUUCCUUGCUCUGGAGAUCCAUCAAUCAAAAAACCAGAAAAGAAGAGGAACGACAACAACAAUAACAACAACACGAAUCACAAUAAAAGAGAUGAUCAAAUACAACCCACCACAGAUACACUGAAAGUCAGCCCACAUAAAGGUGUGAAGGACUCAAAGAAUGUUAAUCAAUCUUUGGCUGCCAAAGAGGUUGAUGUGAAUAAGAAGUCCUCCACGGAUGGAGAACCUGAAGGCGUCAAUGCGCGGAAAUUUAAAUUUGCCGAAUUGGUGACUGCAACUGAGAAUUUCAAGUCAGAUUAUUUUUUGGGGGAGGGAGGAUUCGGGAAAGUUUAUAAAGGAAAAUUGGAGGAUACUGGUCAGAUUGUGGCUAUCAAGCAACUUGACCAGAAUGGAUGCCAAGGAAUUAGGGAAUUCGUUGUUGAAGUGGUAACAUUAAGUAUGGCUGACCACGAUAAUCUUGUUAAAUUAAUUGGUUAUUGUGCUGAUGGAGAUCAGCGGCUGUUGGUAUAUGAAUACAUGCGAUUGGGUUCUUUGGAAGACCAUCUGCAUGACCUUCGACCUAGUACGAAGAGACUUGACUGGAAUACCAGAAUGAAGAUAGCAGCUGGUGCUGCACAGGGCUUAGAGUAUUUGCAUGACAAGAUGAAACCCCCUGUAAUAUAUCGCGAUUUGAAAUGCUCUAACAUUUUACUGGGGGAGGGGUAUCAUCCUAAGCUAUCUGAUUUUGGCUUGGCCAAAGUGGGUCCAUCUGGGGAACAGACCCAUGUUUCCACCAGGGUGAUGGGCACUUAUGGGUAUUGUGCACCCGACUAUGCAAUGACUGGCCAGUUGACAUUCAAAUCAGAUAUCUACAGCUUUGGGGUUGUUCUUCUGGAGAUCAUCACUGGUAGGAAAGCAAUUGAUAAUAUGAGAUCCGCUGCUGAGCAAAAUCUGGUUGCAUGGGCACGACCAUUGUUCAAAGACCGAAGGAAAUUCCACCAGAUGGCUGACCCAGUGCUUGAAGGUCAAUAUCCUGUGAGAGGCUUGUACCAAGCUCUUGCAAUUGCUGCAAUGUGUGUCCAGGAGCAACCUAACAUGCGGCCCCUUGUAGGUGAUGUUGUUACGGCUUUAAAUUACCUCGCCACCCAAAGCUACGAUCCCCAAACCGAUCCUGUCCAGAGUUCCCGAAGGGGCCCAUCUUCUCAUAGACCUAAAAGGGGUGAUGAGUAGAAAUCCAUGGCUGGUGAUGGGCAGGAAAAAUCCAAGUUGGAGGACUAAAAUAAGUUGUCAGCACUCUCUGCUAUGCCCAUAAACAUUGUGCCUGCUUAUCAGAUUUUGUGUCACACAUGGUAACAGGUGCUCCAUCAACCCAUUCUCUCAACGUUCAAUAUAGUACAGGAAAAUUCUGCCUUUUUGUUCCCCAUCUUUCGGUGUAAAUGUGAGCUGUGGUCCAUAAUGUUAGAUGCUUCUGCAUAGGAACAAAUAUCCCCUUAUAUUAGUUUAGUCCUCAAUAAAUACACAUUCUCUUUUGCAUGAUCUUUCACUUUGGCUUAAUUUCAACCAUAGGGAUGGUCCCGAUGAACUUGCCUUCUAAGAAAUAAUUGCUUGUGAUAUUGAUUAAGCAUGAUUGUGGGAGGCUUUGACUCAGUGAUAUAUGGAGGAUCACGGAGCCCCUUAUAUGACCUGUGAUAAGUUGGGGCUGGAGCCCUUGCAGGUGGCACUUUCUCACCUGUCACCAACGAAACUCCAUAUUGGUGAUACAAGGAGAGUACUGAAAGAAUACUUUGGGUUGGAAGCCUGCUAUAGGUAUAUGAGUUGGUGCAGGGGGUUAGACAGAAGUUCCUGUAUACAACUUUCCGGAAGUUCCUGUAUACUAGCAACUAUUGCAGCUUUGUGUUUGCUUGCUUUCAAUAUGUCAGGGGUGAUUGUUUUUCGACUUUGGUUCCUCUGUAAAAUCAGCCAACUAUGUUGGUGCUGAAAGCUUUUUUCAUCGUUUUCUCCUCCUGUUGAGCAGGUGUGUUUGACCAGGUG